UACUUUAACCUAAUGGGGGUCGCCCGGGAGUCGGAAGGGGGAGGGGAAAGGGAGGAGGCAGCCAAGGAAUUGUUUUUUUCUCUGGCCCCGCCCUCGCCCGGCCGGCCAAUGGUGAUGAUCUGUUUCCCCCGGAGCCUCGCCCAGCUCUUGUGUCUCAGCCAAUGAGCGGCGGAAGCGGCUCCGAGGGGGCGGGUCCGGGAGGCUGUGCGUGUCUUGUGAGAGCUCUUGAACCAAGUCAGUGCUGGAGUCGCCUGGGCGGCUGGAAACGGCGGCUGCCGCCGGUGACUCAGGGAGGCGGGAGGCGGGGGAGGAGCCCUUCCUGCAGGCGUGGAAACCAUGGUGCUCACGCUCGGAGAAAGUUGGCCGGUAUUGGUGGGGAAGCGAUUUCUCAGUCUGUCUGCAGCAGACGGCAGCGACGGCAACCACGACAGCUGGGACGUGGAGCGCGUCGCCGAGUGGCCCUGGCUCUCCGGGACCAUUCGAGCUGUCUCCCACACCGACGUUACCAAGAAAGAUCUGAAGGUGUGUGUGGAAUUUGAUGGGGAAUCUUGGAGGAAAAGAAGAUGGAUAGAAGUCUACAGUCUUCUAAGGAGAGCAUUUUUAGUAGAACAUAACUUGGUUUUAGCUGAAAGAAAGUCACCUGAAAUUUCUGAACGAAUUGUACAGUGGCCUGCAAUAAUGUACAAACCUCUGUUGGACAAAGCUGGUUUGGGAUCCAUAACUUCUAUUCGCUUUCUGGGAGAUCAACAAAGAGUAUUUCUUUCUAAAGAUGUUUUGAAGCCUAUACAGGAUGUAAACAGUCUUCGACUUUCUCUUACGGAUAAUCAGAUUGUCAGCAAAGAAUUUCAAGCUUUGAUAGUGAAGCAUUUAGAUGAAAGCCAUCUUUUAAAAGGGGACAAAAACUUAGUUGGUUCAGAAGUAAAAAUUUAUAGCUUGGACCCAUCUACUCAGUGGUUUUCAGCAACCGUUGUAAGUGGAAACCCAGCAUCAAAAACUCUUCAAGUCAACUGUGAGGAGAUUCCAGCACUGAAAAUUGUUGAUCCAUCACUGAUUCAUGUUGAAGUUGUACACGAUAACCUUGUGACGUGUGGUAAUUCUGCAAGAAUUGGAGCUGUAAAACGCAAGUCUUCUGAGAAUAAUGGAACCCUGGUUUCCAAACAAGCAAAAUCUUGCUCUGAGGCCUCUCCCAGUAUGUGUCCUGUACAGUCUGUACCUACAACAGUUUUUAAGGAGAUACUGCUUGGCUGUACUGCAGCAACUCCACCUAGUAAGGACCCAAGACAGCAAAGUACUCCUCAGGCUGCCAACUCUCCACCUAACCUUGGAGCAAAAAUUCCUCAAGGAUGUCAUAAACAGAGUUUGCCAGAGGAAAUUUCUUCCUGUCUAAAUACAAAGUCUGAAGCUCUGAGAACAAAACCAGAUGUCUGCAAAGCAGGGUUGCUCUCAAAGUCCUCUCAGAUUGGAACUGGAGACUUGAAAAUUCUAAGUGAGCCAAAAGGCAGCUGUACUCAGCCUAAGACAAACACUGAUCAGGAAAACAGAUUGGAGUCUGUUCCACAACCAUUGACUGGCCUUCCUAAGGAGUGCUUACCUACAAAGGCUUCUUCUAGGGCAGAAUUGGAAAUUGCCAAUCCUCCUGUACGGCAGAAGCACCUAGAACAUGCACCUUCCCCAUCGGAUGUUUCUAAUGCACCAGAAGUGAAAGCAGGUGUCAAUAGUGAUAGCCCAAAUAACUGUUCGGGAAAAAAGGUAGAAUCUUCAGCUUUAGCUUGCCAAUCACAGAAUUUAAAGGAAUCUUCAGUAAAAGUAGAUAAUGAAAGCUGUUGUACAAGAAGCAACAAUAAAAUCCAGAAUGCCCCUUCCAGGAAGUCGGUUUUGACAGACCCAGCUAAACUCAAAAAGCUGCAACAGAGUGGCGAGGCCUUCGUACAGGAUGAUUCUUGUGUGAACAUUGUGGCACAGUUGCCUAAGUGCCGAGAGUGUCGCUUGGACAGUCUCCGCAAGGAUAAGGAGCAACAGAAGGACUCACCUGUGUUUUGCCGCUUCUUUCACUUCAGGAGGUUACAAUUCAACAAACAUGGUGUGUUGCGGGUAGAAGGAUUCUUAACACCAAACAAGUAUGACAAUGAAGCAAUUGGCUUGUGGUUACCUUUAACCAAAAACGUUGUGGGGAUUGAUUUGGACACAGCAAAGUACAUCUUGGCCAACAUUGGAGACCACUUCUGUCAAAUGGUGAUUUCUGAAAAGGAAGCUAUGUCAACUAUUGAGCCACACAGACAGGUUGCUUGGAAGCGAGCUGUCAAAGGUGUUCGAGAAAUGUGUGAUGUGUGCGACACCACCAUCUUCAACCUGCACUGGGUGUGUCCUCGGUGUGGGUUUGGAGUAUGUGUGGAUUGCUAUCGGAUGAAGAGAAAGAAUUGCCAACAGGGUGCUGCUUACAAGACUUUCUCUUGGCUAAAAUGUGUGAAGAGUCAGAUACAUGAACCAGAGAACUUAAUGCCCACACAGAUCAUUCCUGGAAAAGCCCUGUAUGAUGUUGGAGACAUUGUUCAUUCUGUAAGAGCGAAAUGGGGAAUAAAGGCAAACUGCCCUUGUUCAAACAGGCAAUUCAAACUCUUUUCAAAGCCAACCUCAAAGGAAGACCUAAAACAGACUUCUUUAGCUGGAGAAAAACCGACUCUUGGUACAGUGCUCCAGCAGAAUCCCUCAGUGUUGGAGCCAGCAGCUGUGGGUGGGGAAGCAGUCUCCAAGCCAGCCGGAAGCAUGAAGCCUGCCUGUCCAGCCAGCACAUCUCCUCUAAACUGGCUGGCAGACCUAACCAGUGGGAAUGUCAACAAGGAAAACAAGGAAAAACAACCAACGAUGCCAAUUUUAAAGAAUGAAAUCAAAUGCCUUCCACCCCUCCCGCCUUUAAGCAAAUCCAGCACAGUCCUCCAAACGUUUAACAGCACAAUUUUGACACCCGUAAGCAACAACAAUUCUGGUUUCCUCCGGAAUCUCUUGAAUUCUUCUACAGGAAAGACAGAAAAUGGACUCAAGAAUACACCAAAAAUCCUUGAUGACAUCUUUGCCUCUUUGGUGCAAAAUAAGACUUCUUCCGAUUUAUCUAAGAGGCCUCAAGGACUGACGAUCAAGCCCAGCAUUCUGGGCUUUGACACUCCUCACUAUUGGCUUUGUGAUAAUCGCUUGCUGUGCUUGCAAGACCCCAACAAUAAGAGCAACUGGAAUGUGUUUAGGGAGUGCUGGAAACAAGGACAGCCAGUGAUGGUGUCUGGAGUGCAUCACAAAUUGAACUCUGAACUUUGGAAACCUGAAUCCUUCAGGAAAGAGUUUGGUGAGCAGGAAGUAGACCUAGUUAAUUGUAGGACCAAUGAAAUCAUCACAGGAGCCACAGUAGGAGACUUCUGGGAUGGAUUUGAAGACGUUCCAAAUCGUUUGAAAAAUGAAAAAGAACCAAUGGUGUUGAAACUUAAGGACUGGCCACCAGGAGAAGAUUUUAGAGAUAUGAUGCCUUCCAGGUUUGAUGAUCUGAUGGCCAACAUUCCGCUGCCCGAGUACACAAGGCGAGAUGGCAAACUGAACUUGGCCUCUAGGCUGCCCAACUACUUUGUUCGGCCAGAUCUGGGUCCCAAGAUGUAUAAUGCUUAUGGAUUAAUCACUCCUGAAGAUCGGAAAUAUGGAACAACAAAUCUUCACUUAGAUGUAUCUGAUGCAGCUAAUGUCAUGGUCUAUGUGGGAAUUCCCAAAGGACAGUGUGAGCAAGAAGAAGAAGUCCUUAAGACCAUCCAAGAUGGAGAUUCUGACGAACUCACAAUAAAGCGAUUUAUUGAAGGAAAAGAGAAGCCAGGAGCACUGUGGCACAUAUAUGCUGCAAAGGACACGGAGAAGAUAAGGGAAUUUCUUAAAAAGGUGUCAGAAGAGCAAGGUCAAGAAAACCCAGCAGACCACGAUCCUAUUCAUGAUCAAAGCUGGUAUUUAGACCGAUCAUUAAGAAAGCGUCUUCAUCAAGAGUAUGGAGUUCAAGGCUGGGCUAUUGUGCAGUUUCUUGGGGAUGUGGUGUUUAUCCCGGCAGGAGCUCCACAUCAGGUUCAUAACUUGUAUAGCUGCAUCAAAGUGGCUGAAGAUUUUGUUUCUCCAGAGCAUGUUAAACACUGCUUCUGGCUUACUCAGGAAUUCCGCUAUCUGUCACAGACUCACACCAAUCAUGAAGAUAAAUUACAGGUGAAGAAUGUUAUCUACCAUGCAGUGAAAGAUGCAGUUGCUAUGCUAAAGGCCAGUGAAUCCAGUUUUGGCAAACCUUAAUCUCCCUGCACAUUGGAAAUGAAUUACAGGCAGCUGUUCAAACUCUUCAGGCAGGAUUCCUGUGGACUUUUGAGAUUCAUGUUACCUCAUCUUCUUUUUUAAACUGUACCCAACUUGUGAGGGUACUCUGUCUAAUGUAUAUUUCUAGUGUUUACAGACAGUAAAUGUGUAUAUGUAGUAACUAUUUACAGAAAAUGCAUCCUUAAACUGUGACUUCUCACCUAGUGCAGAACUUUUACCAGGCUGUAAAAGCAAAACCUCAUGUCAGCUCUGGAAUAAUACCUGCAGUUAUUCUCCAGCUGUUUGGACAACUUAGAUUGGGUUUAUAACUAUUAGGAAUCACUGCACAGUUUACUUGGGUUGUAUUUUGUUUUGUGUCAGAGUCCCCUCUCCCUCAUCCCUUAGGGUCCAGAAGAGCAAUGGAGGAAGUGACAGCUAAUGUUGCAGUUCUUAUUGUAUGGCAUAGGAUUGGCAUUAUAUAGCAGAAAUCAACUACUGUACAAUUUCUUGGGGUUAACCAUCUUUAGUUAAAUGGAAUUUUAAUUUAAAUGAAGCUUUGCUAAUUUUAAGUGUUAAGCAUUUUGCAUUAAAAUAUUCAUAUAAUA